AGUAGAGCUACGGGAAAAGCUUCAGUCGGUCGCGAAGAAAAACCCUUCAUCAUUGUUAGUUUCAUCUGUGAGGGCCCAUCCAACAUAUCAACGAACUCAUCAAUAUUGGAUUCAACAUUGUUUGAGUGCAAAUGACCCUGAUUUCAGAGGUGAUUUAUUGCUGCGAAAAUCAACUCAAAUGAAUUCAACAGGAAAUGACAUUGAGUGGAUAUUUUACACCAUUCCAGCUUUUCCUGCAGGACCUCUCACGGAAUAAAGAGGAAUUUCUCUGGAAAAUCCAACAAGAGUGAAGAAGACUCUCGCAGUAGAUAGAAAGAUUCGUUGAAAGGUCAUCAUGGAUAUUCUUCAGGCAAUUGUUACUAGUGUGGCUGUAAUGGUCAUUGUCCUUUUAAUGGCAUUAUUUGUGUGCCACUAUUUCGGCCCACGAGCCACAGCUUGGAUCCGUUCCAAUCGCGAAGAGAAAAUUGGUUUGUCCAAAAAUCGACUCUACAAUGCCAAUGGGUAUCUGAUACAAUCUAGCACGGAAUUUCUCGUGGGUUCAAGUGGAAGCUUUAAGCGAUUCGAUUCAGUGGAUCGAGAUUGCAAGGAAUUACAGGAUCAACAAACUUCUGUGCCACUGUGGAAUAUACCAAUUAAUGAUAUUCCACCGCAACCUCUUCGGCCAGCACCAUCCUCACCAUCAGCCAUUGUUUCACCAAAAGCUCAAAUUGCCCAUCAGCAACGACCUCCUAAAUCUGAGGCACGUCCUAUAAAGCAACAGAGCAUGGAACAAAAGACCGUGUCUGCAUCCAUGGCAAUACCUCGGCCAGUGACACGUCGGCAACUAUCAACGCCAAUUUCCAGCUCCCCAUUCUCACCCCUUCUCAAUGUACCUGGUAGCAUGCACAAGACAAAUUGUGCGAAGAAAUCCAUGAGCACCAAUCCAUUUUUGAAUGAGUCUCUGGGUAGUACUGUUGUAGACAAUCAGGUGGCAACGGGGGUGCUGGAAUCAAUCAAUCCAUUUGAAGUGAAGAAAGUCAGCGGGGAUUCUGUGGCAGCAGCUAAUAAAGUCGAGACGGAAUCACAUUUGUCCGAUGUCUUUACAUUUGAUACCACAAAAAUCAAUGAACUCCUCCUUAUGGAGGAGGAGAAUACGACAGUAAAGAAUGCCCUCUUGGAGGCCGAAGGGAGCAUAAAGAAAUUGGAAUCCGUCACGUUGGAUGAUAGAAAGCAUCGUCAGGAUUAUGAGGAAUUUCUACGGCAACAGAAUGAAUUGAAUUGGAAUAAAGUUCGUGAAUCAUCCAAGAAGAAAAAUCCACCAAUUAGGAAUCGUUCACUGUCCGAAACUGAAGCAUCUGCCGAGAAGAAAUUAUCUCAAUCCCCGAAGGAUCCCGCAGUACCAUCGACAAAUCCCUUUGUCACUGAUUCAUCAAUAGUUUUGCACAAAACUGCAUCGGAGAAUUAUUUGCAACAAUACUCGGGUCAGGUGAUGGGAAUACGCUCAACACGUGCCAUGCAGAAUGCAUGGGGGCUAAGUAAGGAAAAGACAAAGAGGAAUAUUUCCGGAUCACAGAGUUCACUGUCUGAGAGUGAAGUCAGCACAGUGAUGUCCAAUGAGAAUCUAUAUAGAGCUGUGUCUUGUGAGUCUGUCUCCUCACAAUCUUCCGUGGUUCUUGCAGAUUUAGAGGAACCAACAAUUCCAUCUGUGACUGGAUAUCUCUGCAUUGGGCUUCAUUACGAUAAGAAUACCAUUUCCGAUGAAGGAGUUGAAUUGAUUGUUACGGUGCUGGAAGCUAAAGAAUUGGUUGGUCCACCAGAUGCUAAAUUUAUGGAUACCUUUGUUCGAAUUUAUCUUGUACCUGACGAGACUGGAGCAUCGCAGACAAAGCUCUUCAAGGAUUCCUCCUGUCCGAGCUACAAUGAAACUUUCAGUUUCUUCAUGAGCAACAAACACACCCGUCGCUCCCUUUGGUUCCAUCUCUACCACAGCGGUAUGGCACACACGCUAAUUGGAGAAGCUGAGAUGCAAUUAUCAGACUUGAGUGCUCGACCUAUCACCACGUGGCUAACCCUUUCUGAUUCGCGCCACAAUAAAAGCUGCAACUGGGGUGAACUCAUGAUUUGUCUCAGCUACUUGCCAACAGCAGAACGUCUCACUGUCGUCGUGGUGAAGGCUCGCAAUUUGAGGAUAGAUCAGAAAAUGCAGGACGUUGAGAAUGUUUUCGUGAAGGUGUACCUACUGAAGGAUGAUAGGAAGGUGUCAAAAAAGAAGACGUCGACGAAGCGAAAGGAGAAGAGUCCCAUUUACAAUGAAUCCAUGAUUUUCAGUGUGCCUCCCUAUAUGCUCUCCUCAAUUCAGGUGCGCCUCACUGUGGCCCAUCAGUUGGAGAAUGAUGCCAGUUGUGUUGUAUCAUUGGGGCAUGUUAUUCUGGGCAGUGCUGCCACGGGGAAGGGACUACGGCAUUGGAAUCAAAUGAUUUCCUCUGUGCGGAAACCUGUGGCCAUGUGGCACCCCCUCAGACGUCCGGCACUUCCGCGCCAUCAGCUACAGACUACCAAAACCCACUCCUAAACUCCUCAAUACGACUCAUUAAUCACUCAUUCUCUCCUCCACGCAUUCUCAUCAUCAAUAAUGUGUUACACAAGAGACUCCUUGUAUCAAGCCCCAUGUAUCAAUCAAGCAUAAUAUAAAUUAUACAUUUUAUAUACAACACCCAUGAUAUCGAUUUUACAAAUAAGUUCUCCAUAAAUAUCAAUCAUCUCUCUAAAUGAACUUUUUUUAAAAAUCUAUAUUUUAUGGUUUCUAUGGACCAACAAAAAAACAUUUCUACUAUAAUGAAAAUCUUAAAACCAAAAAAGAGAAAAUCAGAAAUUUUGAGAAUUUAUUUGGAAUACUUUCAUAAUAAAAAAACAACCUGUAUAAAAAAGAAUGAUAUUUUGUGAAAGAUAAAAAAAAAUUGCUUCCAUGUGAAAAAUAGUGAGAAAAGGAAAAGAUAAAGACUUUGUGAUAAACGCUUCCGGUGAAAAAAAAAAGAAA